GCAUCUCACAUUUAGAGGUUACGUCUGGGUGACGCCAGUGUCUUUUCCAAUUUUUAAAACAGUAAAUCAAAAAUGCAACUCAAAUAUAUCUUGGCGAUAUGCAUACGACUAGUGACCAUUUCUUGACCUGCAACUCUUCCAUUGUUGUGUGGUCAGUUCUGUGAAAUUCCGAUGAUUGUAUGCAGGGCUGGGUCAACUCAAAUCUCCGGGCAACAUCCGUCUGUGUGGACAGUGGAUCUGCAGCCCUGCAUUCGAAACAGGAAAAAGAGUAUUUCACCAUGAACUCAGACAUGGAUGGUGACACUGAAAACCAGGUGGAGCUGGAGGAGAAGACACGGCUCAUUAACCAGGUCCUGGAGCUCCAGCACACCCUGGAAGAUCUGUCAGCACGUGUGGAUGCGGUGAAGGAAGAAAACCUGAAGCUCAAGUCUGAAAACCAGGUUCUCGGACAGUACAUCGAAAACCUCAUGUCUGCGUCUAGUGUCUUCCAGACAACUGACACAAAAAGCAAACGAAAGUAAGGGACCGAUCCCCUCCUUUUCCCUUAACAUCAUUGACAUUGUUUACAUUUUUUUCCUGUCAUUAAAUGCACAUUAAGCUUUAUUCAGAGGACCUUUUUUUUUAUUAUUAUAAUUUUUUUAGAUUGUUUCAGUAUUUUAGUGUUUUUUUUUUUAAUGCCCUUGUUUAGCACGCACCCUUUAAUUACAGGUAAGGAAACCUCAAAGAUACACAAGUAGCCCUUUUGCACAUUGUGAACACGUUUCUCCCCCAAUUUGUGUACAUGUUUUUUAGGAUAACUUUUUAUCUGGAAGUGGCACAGUUUUUACACUUGAAUGUUUUUGGGGCAGUUAAUGGGAUUUCCAAACCGUUAAAAUGUACUUCUAACCAGUCCCCUGUAACUAUAGAAAUGUUUUUUUUAAUAUGAUGACUGUUUAGACGGAUUUAAAAAAAAGAAAAAAGACAUUUUAAAAAAUCAGGCUUGGAGUUUACUGUUCUUCAUGAGCUCUUUAAUUUGGUAUAUUAAAUUGUGUGUGAAAAAAAUGUAACGUAAUGAAUGUGCUACCAGUGCCACCUAUUUGUAUUUAAAAUCCUGAAUGAAUUUUGGCUGUUUUGGAAGAAUGCGUUCGUAAAGCAUUCCAGACCCAUUAUCAACAUUAAGAAGUAUUAAAACCAGAUUUAUAUUUUAAGGCCAGUCAUUUUCCACUUUAGCUGAAAGCAAAUGGGGGUUCCCACUAAUUAAGGAAUGAAGAAUACAUUUUGACCUUUGAAGGUUCGGAACACAUUACCGAAGGAAGGUUCGAACCUUCGAUAGUACUAAUUUGCAUAAUUUACUGGUCACCAUAGCUACUAGUUUAUAUUUGAUUGAAAAUCCUAUUUUACAGGUAAGCCAUAUACAUGGAAUAAAACAUUCGCAUAUAGUUUAAAAAUGUGUUAUAUAGAAGAGUAAAAAUGUUUUUAUAAUUUAAGUAAAGAUACAUGUUUAUGUACACGUAAUUGAUGCUGCUUCUGAUAUAUACAGUACGCUUGCAUUGCAGCAGCACCAACUACAGCGGACUGAGGCAAAACAAAGCUUUACCGUCACAUUUUACUGCUACUAAAAAUAAAAAUAAUAAUAAUAGGAACUUACGCUUGUCAAGUGACCCUGGAGGUCGAUGAUACAUCAACAGUCUCAUGCGCAGUUUACGUUGAACUUUUUUUUUUUUUUUUUUUUUUGGUCGUCUGGGCAUUUAACAGAAAAUCCCAAACAGCAGAAGGGUUUCGAGACAUUUUCUUUCAAUACAGCUUCCGCUCUACAACGCUUUGCUGUCGAGAUGGUGAAGAAUGAAGAAAUUAAAAGUUUGCCUCUGGAUAACAUGAGCUGGAGGGGUGAGGGGCAGAUGGUGCUUAGUUUUUGAAAUUAAAAUGAUCAUUGUUGGCGUAUAUUUUGUAUGUUUCAAACAUAUUCUACCAUAGCACUUAUCUUACACUGUCUUGUACACUAGAUAUUCAGUACAUAUUUUACUGAAGCACUACACCGCUAUAGGUACCCCCAGUACUUUGGCAUACUACACCCUGCUCCAUACAUGGCAGCGGUGCCAUAUAGAGUUGCCACAUAUAACGAUUUGGUAGUGGAUUUUAAUACGACAACUUUUGUUUAAGUAAUAUGCAAUGUACAAAUCAAAAGAUCAAAUUUUGCAUGUGAGUGACAUUUAAUGUGUGAUUUAUAGUAUUCACACAUUGUCAAACGGUUUCUAUUAACAGAGAGGGGAACACCCCC